CACCCCAGGUCUUUCCUUCCGUCCUUCCUCCCCGCUUCCGUCCCCUCACGGCUUCCUCCUUUCCCGGCUGUCACUGAAGGGCAGCCUGCAGAAGGGGAGGAAGUGGCUCUUUUUGAGGCCUGCAACGUCAAAGGCCGCUCCUCUUCCACCCUCCUGCGCGCCCGUUUCUAGAAGCAGGUUGCGGGGAGGCGCUUCCUGGCGCCGCCGCUGCUGCUAGUUUGGUGGUUGCCGAGUUUCUCACCCUCAGCUGGUUUCCAAGAGGCGAGAGAGAGAGAGAGAGGACGGGAGCUGCUCAUGUGGGCGUUGUUUUCACCACCCCCUCCUAAUCUGCUCAUAGCAAAACUUCUGAAGGAUUGAAGAAGAUAGUAAGAAAUCUACGAAGGAGGGCUGUAGCAGUAUUGUAAUUACUACUUAUUGAAAGUGCCAAGUGUCAAUAUGUACCAUUCCAUCACUGAAACUAGCCAUCCUUUACAAGCUGAAGAGCAGGAAAUAGGCAUUGAUCCCCUGCAAAGUUAUGUGAACAAGCCUGAUGAAGAUAUGUCAAAUGAGAAUGGAAGACUGCAUCAUACUUCGGAUUCUGAUGGAACAUUUCUUUCAUAUAGCAAAGAAUGGGAAGAAUUAUUUGUAAACAACAAUUACUUGGCAACAAUACGGCUGAAGGGGAUUAAUGGGCAGCUGAGAAGCAGCAGGUUCCGUAGUGUUUGUUGGAAGCUGUUUCUGAAUGUUCUCCCCUCUGACAGAAGUCAAUGGAUCAGUAAAACAACAAAAUUAAGAACACUGUAUAACAAGAUUAAAGAAAUACAUAUUACGAAUCCUCGAAAAGCUGGACAACAAGACUUGAUGAUCAACAACCCACUUUCACAGGAUGAAGGGAGUCUUUGGAACAAAUUUUUCCAAGAUAAAGAACUCCGAGGAAUGAUUGAACAAGAUGUGACAAGAACGUUUCCUGAAAUGCAGUAUUUCCAAGAAGAGAAUGUGAGAAAGAUUCUUACAGAUGUUCUUUUCUGUUAUGCUCGGGAAAAUGAGCAGUUACUUUACAAACAGGGAAUGCAUGAACUCCUAGCACCAAUUGUCUUUAUUCUGCAUUGUGACCACCAAGCUUAUCUACAUGCAAGUGAAGCUGCACAACCAAGCAGUGAGGAAAUGAAAGCUCUUUUGAACCCUGAAUACCUGGAGCAUGAUGCCUAUGCUAUGUUCAUCCAUCUUAUGAAAACAGCAGAACACUGGUUUUCUACCUAUGAGCACGACAGUCAAAAGGAGAAAGAUGCAAUGAUGACACCUGUUCCGUUUGCUAGACCACAAGAUCUAGGCCCAUCAAUUGCUAUAGUAGCGAAAGUAAAUCAGAUUCAAGAUCAUUUGCUAAAGAAACAUGAUAUCGAACUCUACAUGCAUUUGAACAGGCUAGAGAUUGCUCCCCAGAUUUAUGGACUGCGAUGGGUAAGGCUUCUAUUUGGGCGAGAAUUUCCCCUCCAGGACCUUCUUGUCAUCUGGGAUGCUUUAUUUGCUGACAGCAUCACUCUCAAUCUCGUUGACUAUGUUUUCUUAGCCAUGCUGCUAUACAUUAGAGAUGCCUUGAUAUCAAGUAAUUAUCAGACCUGCUUGGGACUUCUGAUGCAUUAUCCUCCAAUUGGAGAUGUCCACUCAUUGAUCUUGAGAGCUCUUUUUCUCAGAGAUCCAAAGAGAAAUCCAAGACCUGUGACUUACCAGUUUCAACAAAAUUUGGAUUACUACAAAGCACGUGGAGCAGACUUGAUGAAUAAAACUCGUGUCAGUGCCAAGGUUGCUCCGCUGAACAUCAAUAAAGUUUCUAGUAGCUUACUGAAUUUUGGCCGAAAGCUGAUUUCCCCAGCCAUGACAUCAGGUGGUGCCACUGGGCUAGUUGUAGGUAGCAGUGGCAGCUUUUCUUCUGUUGCAGUGCCCAUUAGGAGCUCAGUGGAGCUCCCUCAACAACAACUACAGCAGCAGCAGCAGCAGCAACAACAGAGAAUUAUGAAAUCUGAAAGUGUACCAAUUCAACUAAGCAAAGGAGAUGUAGUUACAGGCAGUGAUGCUCAAGUGUCGGUUCCUGUCCAGAAUCUCACUGCCCUCCAAGGGAUAGUUGCUACAGCAACUCAUGGGCAGGGUUCAAAAAAUGUCAGCGCUUCUCCAAGCAUUGAAAGUUUGUCUGGGGGACGUGAAUACACAGGGUCUCCACCUUUGUCUGCAACCAAGAAAGAGUCCUUUUUCAGUACUAUUUCCCAUUCUCGUUCGCACAGCAGAAGUAUGAGCAAAAAAGAGUCUGAAGAAGAACUGGAAGCCCAGAUUUCAUUUCUCCAGGGGCAAUUGAAUGAGUUGGAGGCCAUGUGCAAAUACUGUGCAAAGAUGAUGAAUACACAUCUGGGAAAUAUUCAAGAAGUCAUUCUUCAGGAACACUUGGAGAAGGAAGAUGAAAUUCUAGUGUCCUUGGCUGGAUUGAAGCAGAUCAAGGAUAUUUUGAAAGGUUCCUUACGUUUCAAUCAGAGCCAGUUGGAGGCUGAGGAGAAUGAACAAAUCACAAUAGAAGAUGAUCACUACUGUUCCAACAAUCAGACCAAGGAGACAAAUGAAGCUGUAGAAGAGCCUUCAGUUGCAAAGGAGCCCCUGCCUCUAAGGAAGCAGGCUGUGGGCGAUUCGAGUGGAAACUCUGCUAACAGGCACACGGAUGACUAUAUUCUACUUUCCAAAGAGGAGGGAGGGAAUGUUUGUCCUGCUCCGGAGCAUGUGCAGACUGUGCCAACCUGCAAGGAUGUGACCACCAAGAGUGAGGUCCCGUGUCACUCUUCCUUAGCCUUUUCUGAUCCAUUGAUGGGGUCCAUAUCUGCCUCUUCUAGUAACCUCAGUUCCAGCCCUGAUGACGACAGCAGCAGCAACAGCAAGGAUUCUGAUUUCACCAUUGUUAGUCCCUUGGAAAUUUAAGUCAGCCUGUGAGGUCAGCUGUGGCACAUUGGCGUGUGCAUCUGACACUUCAUGGGACUGGGAAACUCAUAAAACCAGAGCACAGAUGUGGUAAAGGCAGUCCUUUUUCAGCAAGGAAAUCAAGACAACAAUUAUGUAAUGCCUUUAAAACAUGCACAUGUGAAUCUCAAGAUCUAAUGUAUACUAAAGGUACUCGUAGGUUUACUUUGUUAGCAACUUCUUGGAAUAUUGAAGUAGUAGCUCAUAGUCACUCAUCAUGUAGAAUAACAUGAAGUAUAUAAUCUCGUGGGUAGACAGGUGAGCAUCUUUUCCAAAUGUGGGGAAAGCAAUUGAGCAUCAGCUUGGAUCCUGGCAGAUUGAUUUGGUCUCAGGAGAGAGCGGGGGCACUCUUCCUCAAAACAUGGCAGCUAGAAAAUCUGAAAAGUAAAGGUUUCAGAAUUGCAUCCUGGUUGCAUCUCAGGCACUAAGACAAUUGGCUGGCCUCCUGAACCAUUUCCUGAAAGAAAAAUAACAUGCUGAAUUUACAUACAGCAGAAACCACUAACUGCUGUUCCUAUUGCGCAAAAAUUUCCUCGUAAAGUAAUACAAAUUAGGUGCACAUUAGUUGCUUUGAAACAUUUAGACUUUAGUCUCCACUAGAUAUAAACUUGUCUCCCAAUGAACAAAUUGUUGUUCAUUGUUGUAUAUUAUAGCCUGGAACAUAUUUUUAUAGCUAUUUCAGGACGUCCACAAUCCCCUCAGGCCCAAGACCAAGGCUCAUUGUAGGGCCAUAAUGCAGCAGUGUUCCUUAGCCAUGUAGAAACGGUUCCCUGGCACUCGUUUUUAAAAUUUAAUUUGAUAUGAGUGCGCAUGAUUAUGUAUACAUCACCACAUGGUUCCCACAAAGGGCAACAAGAUUCCUCAUGCUUUUUUAUACCAAGGAUGUCAUGUUUAGCUCAAAUUUCUCUCACAAUCUUAAGAGUAGGCUAAAAUAUUUCCCAAGGCUGAUUCUGGCCUUGGGAUCAACUGAUAUGUCAGUGUCCAUAACUAGUGCAUAGUAGAUAAUGCUGAUGGAGUAGUGGCUAUAUUCUUUUCUAGCUUUUAAGAGUGUAAGUUCUCAAGGUAGCUCUUCCUCUAAAUCUCACACCCAGCAUGGCCAAUUUGAGAAUAACCAGAAGGUAACUGCAGAGAAGAGCUACAAAUCAGGGAAGCACAGGUCUGAGCGAUUUUCCCAUGGACCUGCUCCUUGCCCAGGGAAAACCCAGCCUUUAGCUCUAAAUCAGAACAAACAGCAAUCCAUGGAAAACCCAAAUGCUGUUUUCUCCACUUGAGCGCUAAAGAGUGGUUUUCCCCAGGAAAAAGCAGCAGGACGAUAGGAAGUAUGCAUAUGCCCAGAGACAUAUUCUGUUCUCAAAAGGUUUCUUCCUUUCCCAGGCAGCCAGUGCUAAACAUUAUGUGCAGCAUUUCUCUAGAUUACACUGACUAAUGUCACUAAGCCAGGGGGAGAAUUUGGGUUUAUUGAGAUUAAUAGCCCCAAGUGUCUAACCUGUUGGGGAUCUUUCACCUUAGCAAUACAUUGGUGUUGAACAGACUGAAUUUCAGGAAGCUUCUGGCUUGCAGGUUGAACACAAGAAAACUCAAGGGAUGGGUGGGUGGGUGUCCAGAUAUGCCCACCCAUCCAUUUCUGUAUGCAAAUAUGCCAUGACAGGGUUUCUCCAGAUCUCAUCAAGAGAUAGGCAAUGGUUCAAUGAUGUCAGCCUCCAAAAAGACCUAAUUAGCCCACUAAUCUGGUCUCUCUCUUUUUAACUGCAUUUGGAAAGGAAACCUCUUAGCUGUGAAAUGUGUAACCCAUUAGGGAAGGAGUUUUUACUAAGGGUGUUGUGCUUCAUUAUAUAUAAUUAUCUCUAGGACCCUUGGAGGUAACAAAGAAACAAAGGUUGCUAAUAUUAAUGCAGCGUAUUCCCCCCCCCCAAAAAAGCCUGUUCUGUAGACAGAUGCUGGUGAAAGAUAUUUUCAAAGAUUUAUCUCAAAGUAAGACACUUUGCUUGUAUGCUUUAGUUUUCUUUUCCAGACACACACACAGAGUAUAACCACCGUCAUGAAAUGCAGUUGCAUGGUAAGUGAUAGGGCAUGAAGAUGUUAAUGGUGAUUAAUUGCAGUUGUAACUUACAUUAAGAAUCCUUCUACCCCUCCAUCUGCAGCAUGAGUCAUGCUAAACCAAAUUGCAACCUGACCCCAAAGCAUAAGUGUUACAUAACGGAUAGCUCUCCUGAGAAUACUGCCCCUGUCAUUUUGUACAGGGGAUUGUGGGGUUGGGAGAAGCGAGCGGUGGGAGGUUAUUGGAUCAUAUUUUGCCCUGAAGUGAAUGGAAUAAGAUUGUUGGGUGAGCUUGCUCUCCCAGAAGUCAGUUGAGCUAGCAAUACAGUGGUACUUUCCCCUAGUUUUGUAUCCAUGAAUGUUCUGGGCAGAUGACCCAAAUUAACAGGUAAUAGCUAUUGAACAGUGGCAGGUUCAUAUUUAUAUAUUCAGACACUAUCAAGUAAUUCUUCACAAGAUGAUGCCCUUGUGCCUUGUAAAAGUGGGAGUAAUACUGAGAGGUUGUGUGAAGAGCUUAAUAGCAAAUACAGUUUGUGAGGUCACAUUGCUGUUCUUCUGCAUGCAAGACCUAAAACAUACUGUGGUUAUGCAAGGUUUCUGUGCCAGCUUAGCACUCCUUCUCAUUUAAACUUACACAGUAAACCACCUCAAGAUUCAGCCUUUAUGGCCUGUGCAGGCUUUUUUAAAAUAUAAUUUCCUUUGAAUUUGUAAGGAUAACAAAAAAGGAUUACACAGCUUGUGAUUAAUUUUGAUCCUUUAAAUGUGACUAACCUUUCUGUUUAGAUUUGUUUCUGUUAUAAAACAGGGGAAAGUGCCAUUUAGAGUAAACAGCUAUUUAAAAGUGGGAAACCAAGUACGAGAGAAACUAGAGUAUGGUAUAUCAUCUUUCAUCAGGUGGGGGUGGGGGAGUUCAUAGAGGGUUUUGUAAUUUUGUUAUGAUUGACCCUUGCUGUCUACAGAUAAUUCAGGGAUCAUAUUAUUUUUCUUGUCAGAGCUGUCUUAGUGCCAUGAAACAAUGCAAUUUAUUUUAUUUUUUGCUAUUAUCUUGCUGGGAUUUUUUUAAAAAACACGUUUGCUAUAAUUAGUAUAACUUUACUUCCUCAAUGCCUGUAAUUAUCUCUGGUUUCAGAAAAUAAACAGUGCUUUACGGAAGGACAGCAAUGAAACCUAAGUAACUCCAUUAGAGGAGUCAAAAUUGGUAACCCUAUGACACAGUCUAUCUCAAUGCUAUACUGGAAUUUGCUUUUUUUGAUAAUUCUGGAAGUGCUUGGUUUUGUAUGCAUGUCGAUCCAGAAUGACUACCAUAAUAUUAGGUCAUAAUAAUCCCAUAUUGCCUUACAUUUGGAUUCCUAGAUGGUACUUUCCACUUUAAAGUACCAGUUUAUUAUGUCUUCUAAAAUUAACCUACUCAUCUUGUUCAUGGGUAUCAGUAAUCUAAUAGAAAAUAAUAUGCAGUAUAAAUGGCUGCUUAUAGUACUAAUACGUGGAACUCUAAAAUGUUUUUUUUUUCCAGCCUCUUCGCCACAUGGCUCUUUCAAGUCUGUUGCAUGUAAUGUCCACAUUACUGCAGAAUGAUUAUGACCAUAUAGUGACUGGAUGUUCAUUUUUAGCUGUGGAAAUUUGUAUCUUUCCUCUAGAAGAAUGUCUGACGUACUUUAUUAAAGAAAGAACUAAUAUGCAGA